UAUGCUAAUCGAUUCCCGAGGCCUGGUGAAUGUAUUCGUGGUAAAUCAUUCGAGGCUGGUUGUGGUGGGAAGGGUGCUAAUCAAGCGGCUCAGAUCGGCAAAUUAGGAGGAAAAGUUGUUAUGAUUGGAAGGGUCAGUGAUUAUCUCUUCGCGAAAUUUUUUUGA